AUGGCCCAGGAACACACCGUCACCAAGGUUCUGUUGGAAUGGAUCAACAGCUUCUCCCUGGGCAAAACACUUCGCGUCCCGGAUGAAUUGACGGACGGCAUUAUUCUAUGGGAGAUCCUCCAGGAUAUUGACCCGCAGUACUUCCUCGACGAGAUUCCCGAACGCAAUCCGGCCGAUCACUGGGUCGCCAAAUGGCAGAACUUAAAGCAUAUCCACAAGCUUCUGCUCAGUUACAUUCGGCACCAGAAUGAUGACACCCUCCCCUCCGGCCUCGACCCGUCGCCCGACCUUGAAGCAGUUGCGGAGAAAGCGUCAACCAAGGAAACGAACAAGUUGCUGAAACUCCUCCUGAUCGCCGCCAUCAGCUCGCCCAACGCCGGGACUUACGUGCAGACCCUCCAGGAACUCAGCACCCCGACCCAAGAGGGACUCAAGGACAUAAUUGAGGAGGCCCAUAGCGGCCAACAUGAACCACUGGACGGAGUCGAUGACCUCCCGGAGGAAUCGGCGAAGUCCGAUCACCCUGUGGAUUUGGAGCUGCAGUUCGAGGAGCGCGUCGGGAAGGUGAUCGCGGAGAACGAUCGUCUGACACACGAGAAGAAGGAGCUUGAGAAGGCAUUGGAGGACCUGCAUAACCGUCUGGCGCGUUUGCAAGAGAACAAUGACACUCUCCAGAACCGCCUGGCUUCAACCGAAGAUCGCUUGGUGACCCUGAAGUCGGGAAAGGGUGACCUGGGAUUCAAUGCGAAGGCGCUGGAGAGCAAGACCCGCCAGCAGGAUGACCUGAUCGCAUCUCAGGAGGCCAAACUGAGUGCGGCCCAGGACGAAAUCGACAGUCUCCGCAUGAGCGUGGAAUCAUUGAAGGUCAAGAACCUGCGCUAUCAGAAGCUGCAGGAUGACUACGAUGAGCUGCGCACAGAGCGGGACCAACUGGCGCGGAAGGCCAACGCUGCAGAGAAGUAUCGGCAGAAGCUCCAAGCCAGCCAGGACUUUGAGAAGGAAAACCAAACCCUGAAGAACCAGAUUAAAGACAUCCAGCAACAACUGAAGGAGUCGGAUUCACAGCAACGGUGGUCUUCGGAGCGGGAUGUCGAGCUGGAGGAGUACCGCAAACUGUUGCCGCGCAUCGAACAGGAAUGCAAUGAAAUCCAGAACCUUAAGAAACAGCUCGAGUUCAACAACCACGCACUCACGGAGCGCCUUCAGAGUGCUGAUGAGCAGCACGAGAGAGACGACGCUCUGAUCAGCGAGCUCCGCGAACGCCUGGGAGAGUUCGAUGGCGUGCCUGGCAGCCCGUCACCGGGCUCUGAGACCCCAAAGAUGCAAGGCACCUUGAACAAGGACUUUGAGGCAAUUGGUAUGAGGGAGUCACAGCUCAAAUCCGAGAACGACGAGUUGAAGCGCGAGAUGGAUUCGUUAAAGGCACCAUCGACCGCUCCCGAAGCGCAAUCCGAAAUGUUUUCCGAAAGCUUCAAUACAUCUGUGCAACUUGCCCGUUCUAAUUCCACCCAAAGCGACGAGUAUUGGAAGCUCUACGAGAACUAUACCGGGGCAUUGAAGAAGAUUGCAGAGGUUCAGGAUACUCUGGAAAUCACCAAGAAAGACUUGUCUGAUGCACAAACCCAGAUCUCUCUCCUCGCUACCGAGAAAGCUGAUUUAUUCAGCGAGCUUGAAGGGCACAAUUCUGCUGAGCUGGCGAAACUCCGUAGCGAAUGGCACAACCUUGCCCAGAACGUGCACCACUUGGAAGCCGAGGUGGAUGCUAGCCAGACUCUGGUGCGCGAAGUGUGCUCCGAGCGUGAAGAGCUGCGGAAGAUGCUCGACACCAAACAGAAUGAGAUCAGCGCCGAGGAUCAGGAGGUUAUGAACGAGAUGCAGAUGCUGCUGGGCGAGUUUGAAAUCGUUAACAGCGAGGGUGGCGAUGUGCCCCAGAAAUCGAGCUUUGAGCUUCUGAAGCAGUGCGCUGGCGUCCUGGAGAAGAAUGUCGAACGGCUGGCUCAGCGUGCCGAGUACAUCCAACAGCAAAACGAGCUCAUCAAGUCGCUCCGCGAGAGCAUGAAGAAUUAUGAAGAGAAUCUGGAUGAAGGAAUCCCUAGAGAACGUGAAAUGGAGCUGCAAAGAACUAUCGACGAUCAAGCCCGCGAGCUCAGCCUCGUGAGCUCAGCGUGGUACCACCUGCAGAGCCGAUGGCAGAACAACAACAUGACCGUCUCACGAUACCGGCAGGGCGCAAGCAUGACAGAUCCCCGUGGCUGGCUCGCCAAGCAGCGCAGUGCAGUUGCGGGCCAGUAG